AUGUUCAAAGUAUUUGGUUUUGGUGCAAAGGAAGAGGCUCCGGAGCUUUCCCAGGAGGAAAAAACGAAGGCUAUUUUAAAACAGGCUCAUGAUUUCGAACAGGCGUUACGUGCCAUGGAUUAUGUUUUGGACGAUAAUGCUGGUGAGGGUUUGGCGCUGCUAGAUGCAAGUGACGCUAAGGAAGCAUCCGACCAAACAAUCAAUGCGUUGGCUCGUGGAGUUAUUGAAUUUUUGGAAGCCACUCUAGGGUUUGAAGCUGAGGAGAUGAAGAAGGCCUCUGCCACUUUAGCUAAGGCUGAAACUCUGUCUCUAAAAAGUAGAGAGAAGGCGCAGAAAAGUGGACUGAAGAGCAGUUCGUUGUAUCCCCCAGGGACGGUUUAUGCAGUGACUUAUACUGAGUCCUGUCUUUUGCAUGCCUUAUUGAUGAUUUUCAGUGAAAGUAUGAUGGAGGCAGCCAAGGCAAUCCUAAAGCUCAGGAAAUCAUAUUACAUGUUGCAGGAAAUCUUGGAAACUAUCAAAGCCGCCAACAAGACCAAGAAGAUGAGGCUAUUGGCCGGCGAUGAAGACAAAGACUCCACACCAGCAACUUUUAUAACCGGUGGUGAUGCGUUCAAUUCUGUUGAUAUUCCUUAUGAGCUGACCCCUGAAGAACAAAAGGAUAAAGAUCUUUUGCAGUUUGCCGAACAAAUUCAUAGCAUGAGGGCUGAAAGACUAUCAGGCGCCCAUAUCGGUAACUCGCCUGCGAUUAACAGGCUAAGGGGUGAAUUGGGUUUACAAGCGAUGGAAGAUUUGCCCAAAAAGGAAAUCACAGAUCAUCAAGUUCUUUCAGAUGAUCUCGAUUUAAGCCAAGCCACCAUCGACGAAUUUAUCCACUCUGGUGUCAACUUAUGUUUUGGUAUCCUACAAGUCGUCAUAUCAUUGUUGCCACCUGCAAUUGGUGCGGUUCUUUCUGUAGUUGGGUUCAGAGGUUCCCGAGAAGAGGGUCUGAGACUUGUUUGGAGAGCUACGAAGCAAAGAAACGUUCAUGGAUGUAUCGGAUUGUUAGGUUUAAUGUUUUACUACGACGGUCCUUUUCAAUUCACUGACGACGACUUUGAUAUUCCUGCAGCAGUUAAGGAUUCCGACAAAGAUGGUGAAGAUUCGGAUGCUGAAGAUAUGGACGGCCCUACAUUGCUGCAUCCCGGGAAGAUCUUAGAAGACGCGUUGCUGCAAUCAAGAGCGUUAUUCCCCAACAGUGCUCUAUGGUUGCUGAACGAAGCGAGGAUGUUAUCAGGUAAGGGCCGUUUAGAGGAAGCGGUCGCGUUGAUGGACUCGAUUGAUGUUAGCAAGAUUCGUAUGAGACAGGUUAAAUCUUUGAUGAUUUUCGAUCGCGCUAUCACUUUGAUCCAUUUGCAUCAAUACGAUAGAGCUGCAGAUGAUAUCUUGUCGCUGUUGGAAAUUAGUGAUUGGUCACAUGCCUUUUACACGUAUUUUGCCGGUUGCUGUUAUUUAGAAAACUGGAGGAUGUGUGAAAUGGGAAUAAUGGAGUCAGAUAAAAAGGAUGAAUACCAAGAGAAGGCUAGUGAGCUUAUUUUCAGUUCGGUCGACUUGUUGGGCAAGAAGACGUUUAAAUCAAAGAACCUGCCAUUAGAUAGAUUUAUACUGAGAAAAGUUGAGCAGUUCAAGGCAAAAAAGGCCGACCUCGGGGUGGACAAUCCACUGGACGCCAUUGCUACUUCACCAGUGCAUGAAAUCGCAUACUUCUAUAACGGUUACAAUAGAAUGUCUGAAGAGCACUUAAAAUUAUCAAAGAAAAUGCUAACGGAGUACAAGAACCCUGCGAUUGACGCCUUGGACUCAGACCAAGAACUAAUCAAGGACCUUUUGGUGUCACUGACAUUAAGAAGACUAGGUCAUAUCCAAGAAGGUUGCGACUUAUUGGAUGAAAAGGUUUUGCCAGAAUUUUUUUCAGUUCAAGGUGGUAGGGCGAAGUACAUCAAGAAGACCGAAGAUCCAUGGGCUUACCCAACCGCCCUUUAUGAACGUGCUUUAUUUACGUGGAAGCUGAAAGGUAUUGAAGGCCUUUCGGAAAGCAGAGAAUGGUUAUUAAGAGCCCAAGGCUAUGCAGAUGACUAUGAGUUAAGCACGCGUAUAGGCAUGAAGAUCAAGGCUGCCAUUGAUCGUGUUGACCAUUCAUUGUAA